AUGUCUUUCAACAGGCUGUAUCUGGUCUGGUCUCUGUCCGCGAAAGGUGCGACUCCUCCAGUUUGGCAGUCUGCAUGUCUGGAAGAUCUGGCGGACAUGUACCUCGACGGAAUCAUGCGGUAUCACGAGGUAGCUCGUUCUGGGCGUGUCGGACAGAGACAAGCAAUUCCCGGCGAAGCUAUGGCAGACGUUGCAGGCACGCCUGGACACGGAGCUCGAGCUCUUCACGGUCAACCACCCCAGACAGUCAGAAAGAGCGAACACCUAGCUGAUCCAAAGAUGAAGCAGCACUUUGUCACAGACAGAACUGGGAUCUCGGCCAACUGUACCUGUCAUCGAGCUCGCGAUGAACUCAGCAAAUCUCUCGUCCACCGGAUACCCACCAUUCAAGGCCGUGUAUGGAGACAUUCCAGACGGAUCAACGAUGGAUCGACUCGGGAGCUCACCAAGGGGCAUCACCAGAUGGAUGCUUGCAUGGACAGGCUACGGGCCAUGAGAACAGGGUGA